UGAUUACCACUAUAGCUGAUCACUAACAUUUACAUAUUUAAUCGCUUGGCUAUUGACUAAAGAAAGUCCCUUCGGAUCUAUUGUGCACUAUCAUUUGAGUCUGGUCAUUUCAAUGUACAGUGUGGAUCGUUAACCAAAGUAUCUCGUGUCGACAACUAAAAUCGUGUUCCAUUUUGUGUAAAACCGGUAUACCCGAGCCAUAAUUUCCACCGAUGCCUUCCAGUGGAUUCCUCCGCAUUCCGCCAAUGGAGCAAAGCAAGGAAAUUGCUAAGAACUGGCUGGACAGCAAAAUCAAUACAGAUGAGCUAUUUGCCUGUGCCAUCUGCCAUUGCGCGAUCAGCGCGGAACAUCCCAUCCAUUGUCCACAGUGCUCCAAUUUGUUCUGUGCCACUUGCAUAGAUCAGUGGUUCGCUACCGGAGGUCCGCGGCCAUCGGUUGUAUCCAGCGUGAAACGAUGUCCAUGCUGCCAGUCGAAGGUGACAAUGAAUCAAUUUACCUACUGUCGCGUCUACCAGGAGGUACGCGAGGUAAUCGAUAGCCUCCACAAUAGUAUGGAAGAAUUGAUUCAGCAACUUAGGAAACCCGUCAUUUUGUGCGAGAAACAUAACAAAGAACUGACAUUGUUCUGCCAGGAAUGCGACAAGUGCAUCUGUGUAAAGUGCGUUCUAGUAGAUCGACACCGUGGACAUAUCGAUCUGGUGCUGGAGUUGGACGACGCUCGUGAAAAGCUGAAAAACACCAUCCUCAGAGAAAACAAAUUCUUGGCCAAACGCUUAGACAUGCUGAAUAAUGUAAAUAAUCGACUAAAGACGCGGGAAAAUGAUAUGCACCAACUCUGCGACUCCAUUGUGAACGACAUGAACAUCACGGUUGAUGCCAUGAUCGAGAAGAUGCAUGAAGACAAAGAUGAGAGGAUAGAGAAGUAUAUUGCGCCUGUGAAGGCAGCAGUAAUGCGGCAACAGAAAGAAGUGGAAUCUAUCAUCCAGCAAUCGUUUGCGUUGGCGAAUGAGGAGACCUGCCCCGACGUGCUAGUGAAAACCUGCCAGAUGAUUCGUACCAUCAAAACCAUGAACUAUAAAGAAUUCCCUGUUGAUCAACAUCACGAUAUAAACUUUACAAAGCGAAAACCCAAUCCAGCGGCUGGUUAAGGACAGUAAGACUCCGUGUAUCUACAAAUCGUCCGGCUGCACGUGGACCUUCGGUCCGAAUGAUAUGCGCCAGCACCUGGAAGAGUGCAAGUUCCGGCCCGUGAACUGCAUUGGCAAGAAGCUGGAGGUGAUAACUUGUAGCUGGAGCGGACGGCAUUGUGAUACCGAGGAUCACUUGUUGAAAUUCCAUGCCGAUUUGGGUAAGCCGUUCAACUACUAUCAGGUGUCGGAGAUUCCGUUUUCCGCGAGCGUUCCCAGGACCAGCAUCAGGCUGGUGGAUGCUUUCGCUAAGCACUUUCUCUUUUACUUCUCAUCGAAUGUCGAGACCAAAAUGAUCUAUUUUAUGAUCAUAUACUUUGGACGCCGUGCAGAAGCUCAGCAGUACUAUUACGAGUUCCAGAUACGAAAUCUCUCGGGCCUGGGUGUUCCACAGGUUAAAUACGUCCAACAGUGCGUUGCUGAUUGCGAGGAUUUGAACGGAAAACUCGAAGAUGAAAGCUGCAUUGCCCUAUCGUUCAAGUCAGUUCGGCACUAUUUACAGAACGAUACUAUACCAAUAAGGUUCAUCAUAAGGAAGUUUGAGAAGGAAACGGACAGUGGGCCAGCCAAUCAACGAAGGAAUUCCGAGAGUAGCAGUUCUGGGGGGAAACCAUCGAAACCCAAGCCUACACCGUUCGUAUUUUCCGAAAAGGGUAAACAGCAGCAAAAUGUGAGUCGGAGUCGUCCGGUUGGUGGCGCAGCAAGCGGUGGCGAUGGAGGCAACAGAAACUCUCCAAAACCUUCGGAUGAUCCUCCUUUGCGCAGAGCUUUACCGCCAUUGGCUCGAUCCAUUUCCGCCGCCAAAGGAGGUCCCCCCAGCAGCUCUUCGCCGGUACAAAAAACGCCGGAACUUUCCUCCAUCAACCGGAUGGGAGUCAGUGGUGUGGAUUCGCCAAUCGUUCACCAGGAGCCAUGCCCGUUUAUGUCGCCAUCGAUUAACCGGUUGGACGCGCCACCGUCGUACAGCGUAGUAGGAAGCUAUGAAAGCCGAUACUCCUACAGUGAGUAUUGCAUCACCAGCAACAAUAAACCACCGCCAGUCGAGUGCAAAACGACGGCAACUCUCUGCCACAGAUACACCCAGCCGUAUAAGAUGGCAGAUGAGCGCCUGUACUUGCAGCGCUAUCCAGAGGACUGUUUGGGCAAACCCGUCUACAGACGGUAGCACGUGUGAUGUUGAUGUUUUCUUGAUAAACGCAAACUUAUGUUUUAGGAAAAAUCUCCGCAGUUUUGUUUAUUUUAUCCGAACGUUCAUCACUCUAUCGCAGUGCAUGCAGUGGAAUUCACUUUUCUUUAAUUCCAACCCAACCGUUGUCGGUUGGGGUGUCAUUUUGUUCUGUCACGGUCGCCAUAACGUAUAGUCCG